GUUGUAAACAAAAGUGACUAAAAAUGAGCGGCGAAUCGGUUGCGGACGCGCGACAACUGGAACAACACUUCCGGUCAGUGGACAGGGAUGGCAGCGGACACAUCAACGCCAGUGAACUCCAGUCGGCGCUUUCCAACGGAACCUUCCGUCCCUUUGACAUCCAAACCAUCUCGUUAAUGAUAGCGAUGUUUGACUCGCAAAACAGCAAAACAAUCGAUUUCGCGGACUUCACGCGAUUGUGGCGUUACGUCACGGAUUGGCUCAAGUGUUUCCAGAGCUUCGAUGGCGACAAUUCUGGACACAUCGACGCGCGAGAGUUGGCCAAAGCGUUGACCGCUUUUGGGUACCGCUUUAGUGACGAGUUUUACGCAAACCUUUUG